AUGUUCGCCUCGCUAUCGUCAUCCUUGUCUGGGAGGAAUCCGCCUGCGCCGGCGCCGACGUCAUCCACGACUACCACAACGACGUCGCAAAACCUCAGCGUGUCCAGCGCGUCCCGCGCGCAGCACUCGCAGUCCUCCAACACCUCCGUCUCCGCCUCCGCCCCGCAGGCCCAUCAUCACCACGUUGUCGGCGCCGUCCAACAGCAACGACAUGCACCGUUGGCCCCCGGCCCCGCCUCCUCGGCAUCAGCCUCACCGCCGCCGCAGCAGCAGCUCCACCAGACCCUCCCCUCUGAAGACCAAGAGCAGCACAUAUCAGAAGCGCGCGCGGCGGUCGUGGCGUCCAUUGGCAACAUGCUCGACGGCGAGCUGCAGAGCCGCGCGCGGAUGCUGCACGCCAACGCUGCAGCGCUGGACAAGCAGGAACGCGACGUCGUCCGGGCGACGGAGGCCCUGCGCAAGGAGAAUGACAAGCUCGCCAAGUUCUCGGGGGACGCGGCGAGGCGGGUCAAGGAGCUGGGGAACGUGCAGAACUGGGCGGAGGUGCUGGAGCGGGAUUUUUUGGUGCUGCAGGAGACGUUUCGGCUUGUCAGGGAGGGGAGCUGCGGGAGCGGGUGUGAGAGUUGCUGUGGGAGUGAGGGCAGUGGGAGCUGGAGCGGGAGCGAGGUCGGGGAUGAGGAUGAGAGAAUGGGAGAGGACGGGCGUGGCGGUGCGAAGGAAGGGGAAGAUGACAAGGGGAAGAUGAAGCAGCAGCGCGAUAAGCUUGUUGAUAUGGAGAUUGAUGGGUUGCAUGAGGAUUGUUCAGAGAGUCAGAGUCUGACCGAGGCUGAGUCGAGUACUGGGACGGAUGGCCGGGCAAAGGAGUCCGAGACGACGUCAAUUUCGACACUGUGA